UGGAUACGCUUGGUUGGUACCCAUGCUAACAGUCAUUGAUCGUUCUCUUUUAAGCUCUACUGAUAUUUUUAAUGAUACUGUUCUUGUGAUUUCGUGUAAAUAAUACGUUACAUUUACGUAAACGUUACGUUUUUGUUCAAUUGCCGAUCGAACAAAUAUAAAUAUGACAACUGCACUGUACCUUGAGCAUUACUUAGACAGUCUAGAGCACUUACCUAUUGAACUACAAAGAAAUUUCACUUUGAUGAGGGAUCUUGAUGCCAGAGCCCAAGGAUUGAUGAAAGACAUAGAUAAAUUAGCUGAUGAUUACUUGAAAAAUCUGAAGAAAGAAUCACCGGAAAAGAAGAAGGAACAGUUGACCCACAUUCAAAAUUUGUUCAAUAAAGCAAAAGAGUACGGUGAUGACAAAGUACAAUUGGCAAUACAAACAUAUGAACUGGUGGAUAAACACAUCAGAAGGUUAGACUCGGACUUGGCUAGGUUCGAAGCUGAAAUACAAGACAAAGCAUUGAACAGCAGUAGAGCGCAAGAGGAGAGCAAUGCUAGUAAAAAAGGUAGAAAGAAAUUAAAGGAAAAGGAGAAACGAAAAAAGGGUGCUGCAGGCACAACUAGCGAAGACGAGUCGAAAACAGCUAGGAAAAAGCAGAAGAAAGGAGGAUCUGUUGCCUCUGUUUCAUCAGCCGGGGCUGUUGGUAGCGGUGCUCAGGUAGAAUCGACUGCACUUGGUCAUCCGGCAGAUGUUUUAGAUAUGCCAGUAGAUCCUAACGAACCAACCUAUUGCUUGUGCCACCAAGUCUCUUAUGGAGAAAUGAUCGGUUGUGACAAUCCAGACUGCCCCAUAGAAUGGUUCCACUUUGCGUGCGUUGGGUUAACUACAAAACCUAAAGGGAAAUGGUAUUGCCCAAAGUGUACACAAGAUAGAAAAAAAAAGUAAUUUCUAGAAAAUGGAUAGAUGUGCUCAUUUUUAAAACAGAAGGAGAGAUUCGUGAAUCGUUUCUAAAAUUAAAACAAUGUUUUUCACAGUUUAACAUAAAAAAAAAUUGUAUAUAAAAUUAUGCAAAACAAAUAGGAAAUUUGUAAAAACGAAAAAGAGGACAUAAAGAAAGUAUUAAAUGAUUCGGUUUAUGUUGCAUCUGA